AUGCCUCGAUCAAUCAGCACCGUCUCCUCCCUCACGCGCACCGUUUCCUCCACCAGCCUCAAGAGCCUGCAUGAAAACCCCGUGCCAGUCGUACCCCUGCAAUUCCGCCUCCCCAAACCAGAACCUGCCACUGUCAAACAGAUCAAAAAUGGCAAAGAUACCACAGGCGGUGGCGUGCAGACCUCCAUCUCUGAAAUCCCAAAACGCAAACCCGUCCCCCCUCCUAAGGAAACAUACCAAGAUGGCCCCUCUCUGGAAAAUGGCACACUCAAACCUCUUUCCACCUUUGAGCGUUUCAAGCAUUCAUUCAUCCAAUUGAGGACGGCAUGGCCGCCUGCCGCUGUCAUUAACAACUUGAAGAUCGCAAAUAUCAAAGAAAAUCUCCGCUUUAAUGGAGAUAAGAAGAAACAGCGUUUGUUCCUUGGCGGUGUCAUUGGUGCUGUAUUCCUCCUCAUCCUCAUCAUCGGGCUGGCGGCGGGCCUGUCAAAACAGAAUAGAUCCCCGUCCAACCUCCCCCUCCCCACCAACCACGGCGGUCCCUACACCGGCGACCUCACCUACUACGACCCAGGACUGGGUGCCUGUGGAAUUGACAGCAAGUCCUCCGACGCCAUCUGCGCCGUCUCGCACUUCCUAUACGAUGCUGUCAGCACGAGCUCGAAUCCGAAUCUAAACCCGCUGUGCGGGAAGAAGCUGCGGUUGAGGAAGGGUGUGAAGAGUGUGGAUGUGACUGUUGUGGAUAGAUGUGUUGGAUGUCAACCGACCGAUAUCGAUGUGUCGAUCAGUGUCUUUACGCAGUUGGCGCUGGAGGAGCGUGGCCGUGUAGGUGUCGAGUGGGCGUGGUUGGAGGAUACGCCUCUGCGAGCUCCAACGGGGUAG